CGUGAGGCGCUCAGAGACAGGAAGCGGGAGAGUUCGCUACUAUGGAUGUGACAGCCGUCCCAGUUAAGCCAUGAUGGGCGUUUCGGGACCUGAUAAUGGAGCUGGGGAUCAGAAGAGGAACGUGUGCAGUGAUGAAUCCGUUUUGAUAAAACCUGGGAUACCCUAUAUAAAACAGUCGCCCUCUCAUAGAAGCACCACUUGCUCUGAACCAGUUUAGUCCUGUCCUCAUGACUCUUCCUGGGACUGAGAAGUAUUUACCAGGCAUUUGCCCUUUUGAAAGACAGCAGAAAAUGAAGUCUCAGGGGUUAGUAUCAUUCAAAGAUGUGGCUGUGGAUUUCACCCAGGAGGAGUGGCAGCAAUUGGAUCCUGCUCAGAAGACCCUGUACAGGGAUGUGAUGCUGGAGAACUACAGCCACUUGGUCUCAAUGGGAUAUCCAGUUUCCAAACCAGAGGUCAUCUCAAAGUUGGAACAAGGAGAAGAUCCAUGGAUCAUAAAGAGAGACAUACCAAAUUGGAUCUAUCCAGAUGGAAAUCAUGCACAUGAGAGAAAAGGCAUGAAGAAUGACCUUCAUAACUCCCAAUCAUGUAUUUUGGAGACUAUUUCCUUCCAUAAUAAGAUUCUGAAAGGAAUCACAAAAGAUGGGUCAUUUUAUUCCAUAUUAAAAGUCUGUCAAGGUGAUAGCCAGCUACAGAGAUGUCAGAAAAAUCAAGACAAACUUUUCAGGCAAGUCACAUUUGUCACUAGCAAAAUAGCAACUGCGGCAUCAGAUCAUAAAUAUAAUACAUUUGGAAAAGUAUUUGAAGGAUACAUAGAACAAGAUACAUCAGAACAAAAACUCUGUAAAUAUAAUACAUUUAAAAAGAACUUAAGACCAAAUAUUGGCCUACCUAAUUUUAAUAAGGGUAAUUCAGGAAAAGACCUGGAUGAGGGUUUGGGUUAUGGAAAAUCAUCCAGUAACAGUGUGUCCAGUUCUGAUCUUGAGAGAAUUCACAGUGGGGUAAUACUCUGUGAUAAUGAUCAAUGCACAAACAUUUUCAGCAAGAAACAAUCCCUUAUCCAAUAUCAGAAUGUUGAAACUAAGGAGAAAACCUGUGUUUGUAUUACAUGUGGAAAAGCAUUUGCUAAGAAGUCACAGCUUAUUGUACAUCAAAGAAUUCAUACUGGAAAGAAACCAUAUGAUUGUGGUGCAUGUGGAAAGGCCUUCAGUGAAAAGUUUCAUCUCAUUGUACACCAGAGAACUCACACUGGGGAGAAGCCUUAUGAAUGUUCUGAAUGUGGGAAAGCCUUCUCUCAGAAAUCAUCCCUCAUUAUACAUCAGAGAGUUCACACUGGGGAAAAACCAUAUGAGUGCAGUGAAUGUGGGAAAGCCUUUUCCCAGAAAUCGCCCCUUAUUAUACAUCAGAGAAUUCACACUGGAGAGAAGCCUUAUAAAUGUAGAGAAUGUGGAAAGGCCUUUUCCCAGAAGUCACAACUUAUUAUACAUCAUAGAGCUCAUACUGGAGAGAAGCCAUAUGAGUGUACAGAAUGUGGAAAAGCCUUCUGUGAGAAGUCCCACCUCAUUAUACAUAAAAGAAUUCACACUGGUGAGAAACCCUACAAGUGUGCUCAGUGUGAGGAAGCCUUCAGCAGAAAGACAGAGCUCAUUACACAUCAGUUAAUUCAUACUGGGGAGAAACCUUAUGAAUGUACCGAAUGUGGGAAGACUUUUUCCCGGAAGUCACAACUCAUCAUCCACCAGAGAACACAUACUGGAGAGAAACCCUAUAAAUGCAGUGAAUGUGGUAAAGCCUUCUGUCAGAAAUCACAUCUCAUUGGACACCAGAGAAUUCACACUGGAGAAAAACCUUAUGUGUGCACUGAAUGUGGGAAAGCCUUCUCUCAGAAGUCCCACCUCCCGGGACAUCAGAGAAUUCAUACAGGAGAGAAACCUUAUAUGUGUGCUGAAUGUGGAAAGGCCUUUUCCCAGAAGUCAGACCUCGUUUUACAUCAGAGAAUCCAUACUGGGGAAAGACCCUAUCAGUGUGCUAUAUGUGGGAAAGCCUUCAUUCAGAAGUCACAACUCACUGUACAUCAGAGAAUUCAUAUAGCCAUAAAAUCUUAAUGAACUUACCACAGAAAAGCCUUCAAUAUUAGCUCAAGCCUUAAUAAUAAUUAGAAACCUGAUUAACUUGAUGAAUAUGGGACAACAUCUUUAUAGCAUUUAUAAAAUGAUGCAUUAUAGAUACAUUUUCUAUCUCAGCAUCUUUAUAGGUAAAAUUUUCCAAGGGAAUAAAUGUUUCUAGUAUGGUGAUGCCUUUUUCAACCAAGAUAAUCAUAUAUAUGAAGGCAUUUUUAAUAUGUAUGAAAAACCUUUGAAGUUAUGAACUCAUUGAUCAGUAGAAUAAAGCAUGUAUACAGAAUAGCAUCAAUUUACCUAAUCCUUAUUAUACCCCAUAAUGUAGUCAGACAUUGAAAUUACUAAUAUCUGGUUGACAUGAUUAUGACCAUACAGUAAUUCUUAAUAAAAGAAAUGGAAGAAAGCUUGAGUAAAAAAGAACACAAACAUCAACUCCUAGAAAACUGUAUUAUAAUAAAGGCUUAAACCCUAAAGCCACAUGUAAUUCUCCUGUACAAAAGUGCAAAGGUAGGUUGAAUUGAUUCAGUAGUGGUGAUAUAGAUGCAUUUUCUAUCUCAGGCAUAUAAUUUGAACUGCAUCUCAUCUCUGAAAGGACACUGGGUCUUGGAUUUUGAUAAGUUCUUCCCUUUACUCUCCCGCAGCUGGGAAGUUAGUUUGGUGGAAGACUUUUGUACUGAAACCAGACAGUCUUGGGUUUUAGUUCUGGCUCAGCUGCUCACAGGUUGUGUGACUUCAGACAAGCUUACUUCUUGUCUAGAUAUUUUUAUUAUCAGUAAAUAAAAGUACAAUGUAGAAUACAUUUUCAGUUAAUAUUUGGUUUUUGUUUUUUCUAUUCCCACAUAAUAGAAUCCUAAGAUGACUGUGCAACUUCACAUUUGAACUUAUUCUGCACUGUCACACUCUACUUCUGAUUGCCCACCUCUGUGACUGGUUCACUUUACUGUCUCUGACCCUGUUG